AUGUCUUCUGGUACCAGUAGGGGUAGGUCUUUUAGGAACGACGGUGAGUUAUCAAGACAAAUACCUUAUUCAACUACGCCACAUAAUAAUAAUAACGGCACUAAAUUACGUGGUAAGAAGUUAAAGCAGUUCUCUACAAGAUCUCGAAGUAAAAGUAAUGCAAACUUUAAAGGUUUAACAGCAUUACAACGAACUGCCAGUCAUGAUGAUAGUGUUUAUCGGUCAGAAGGCACCAGCAGUGUUAAUAAUGGUUCAGUUAAACGUGCAAGAAGUUAUGAAUCGUUGAAUAGACGAAAAGCUAUCAGUAUGUUAGGUAUGACCGCUUUAGCACUGUCGAAAUUUAAUCCUAAUACUGUAGGAAAUAGCUCGGCUGGAGGUGGCAAUUCGCAUUUGUCAAGGUCUAUUCAGAGGAAUGAAGGCAAGUCUGUAUUAGAGCUGCAUGAGUCGGAAGAAAUGUACGAAGAGGACUCAACAACAGAUGAGGAAGUUGAUUAUUUAAGUGACGGUCAGGGGUUCGCAGAAGACUCGAAGGAUUACAGAGAAGAGUCGAAGGAGUAUGUUGAUGCGCUGGACACUAACGGUAUGGAAAAAAAAGAGAAGGAUGAGGAAAAGGUGGACAUAAAAAGGACGGGCUCCGGCGGGAGUUUGGUAGAUCCUCGGCAAGAGGGAUCCAAUGCAUUAAAUAAGGUACAAUUAAGUUAUAAGCCUCCUUCCAGUUUAAGGAAUAAAGUAGAGGAUAGGAUUGGAAGUAAUGCAGUUGAAGAAGAUACUGAUCGUAUCGAACAGCAUGAAGAUGAUAUUAUAAAUUCUAAGUGCACCGUAGUUGAGACAGCCCACAGUCUUGAACGACAAGGUCCGGUUUCAGACAAGAAUUCCGAAGACCUUGACCAGAAGAUGAGCGAACAAGAUAAAAGAGAUAAUGGCCUAAUAGAUCCUGUAGACGAACAUUAUGUUCAGGAUAUGAUUCUUUCUCAGUCAACCGGUGUUGUAAGACACUUUAAUCAGACACUUUCGCGGCAGAAUUCUUUGGUUAGUCACUCUGGUCUCAUAGAGAAUGGUUACGAUCAGCCGAAUUUCGCUGCAAGCAACCGAUUUAAUUAUAUCAACAGUGACUUAGCUAGUUCUUUGAAAUCCACAGAAAUUAAAAACGAAGAUAAACCCACAAAGGACUUUUCUACUUCUAUUUCAAGCCUCACCAGCCAUCUGCAUGCUAGACCUACUGCAUCUAGAUCGAGUACUAGAGCAAACACAUUAUUGAGUAAUCGAGUACCCCAGAGUAAAAUGUUAAGGAACCAACCUUCGUCACUGCUCGAUAAUAAUUGUCAGCAAAGGGGUAUACCCACUGGCGUCCUUAAUAAUUUCUCUCAAUUCCUACAGUCAGGAGACCAGGGCACAGAAUCUAGGACACAGCAAAAGCUAUGGUUGCAAAGAGAAUCCUCGUUAUUGAGUUUACCAUCCCAGACAGCCAGCUCAAACUCAAUAUUAAUGGCUACAAACAUAGAAGUCAGAAGGGAAUUUGAGCGGAUCUCUAAUGAAUACAUGAAUGUUCGUAGGUUUGGGAACCCAUUGAAUGACUCUAUUACUAGAGUUAUGCAGAAGAAUAAGAUAGAUAUGAAAAAGCUAAACAAGUCAUCGCUACCAGUUGAUGAUUCAACGGGUAGCUCAUUUUUCGGAACGUACCAGAGAAACGUUAAGUCUUUUGGUGAGCUUCAUCCUGAGAUCGCAAAUCGGGAUUUAGAAAUUCAACAAAUGUUAUCGACAAUAUGGAGUGAAAAUGUAGCAGAAUUCAACAAGGACAACAAUCCGCUAAGCAAACAGUGGCACAGCCUGCAGCAAAAUUUAAAGUCAAGCAGGACCCGGAAUCCCAGUACUGCUGCAAGCAGCCAGCGUUUGGUCAAUUCUUUGCAACCUAUGACGAAGGCAGUCAAUAGGAGAAUGGAGAAUGCUAUGAGCCAGCAGCGUCUUUAA